AUGACUCAUGUUCUCGAGAUGGCUGACAGCGAUUUAAAAAAAUUAUUUCGACAAGCAAUUUUUCUCACAGAUAUGCACGUACGGACGCUUUUGUAUAAUCUUCUGGUGGGAGUUAAAUUUCUGCAUUCUGCCGGAGUUUAUCACCGAGAUUUGAAACCUGCAAACUGUCUGGUCCACCAAGAUUGCUCAAUUAAAAUAUGCGAUUUUGGUUUAUCCCGGGCUGUUGGUAUGGAAAAAGAAAUUGAAAAAAGUAUUUUCACUGAAAAAUUGGCAAAAAAAGAAAAUUCACUUGUUGGUGAUGAUGAUAAUGAGGGUAGUAAAUCGCGAAAACAUCGCGGGUUGAGGAGACAGCUGACGGGGCAUAUAGUGACGAGGUGGUAUAGAUCACCAGAAGUUAUAUUUGUCCAGGACGCGUAUGAUGAAGGUGUAGACGUGUGGAGCGUUGGAUGCAUAUUUGCUGAGUUAUUGGGAAUGUUAAAAGAAGUCGUGUCGUUUCCAUCGGAUAGAGGUCCCCUUUUCCCAGGCAGCACAUGCUUUCCUUUAUCACCGGAUCGCAAACAUGUUAGCGAUUAUAAGUUUCAUGCUCGUGGCAAUAAGGAUCAACUGAAUAUGAUAUUUAAUGUCAUUGGUACGCCUAGUGAUGAGGAUGUUGCAUCAUUCGAAGAAAAGGAUAUUCGAGAGUAUCUACGUUGUUUCACGAAACGGUCUGGUAUGGGAAUACCGGAAGUUUUCAAAGCCGCAGCUAGUGAUGCGUCGAACCUUUUAGAAAGGAUGUUGGUAUUUAACCAUAAGAGGAGGAUAACAGUAGAAGAGUGUCUUCGACAUAAGUAUCUCGCGGGUGUCCGGGGAGUGGAAAUUGUAGCAAAAGAUCAGGUAUUCUUGCCCUUUGAGCUGGAGCCUUCUUUGGAUGAAAAGGACUUGAGGCAGCACUUCAUUUCAGAAAUACAGAAAUUCCAUCCUGAG